AUUUAGUGAUGGGAAAGCUGAAUGCACAUAUAUUCAGAGCUCUUGAAAGUGGAAACCAAUGAACCUCUUGUGAGCAUUGAUGAAUCAACGGAGCGCAUUGAGGGUCGUCUUCAGAAUGAGAUGGAACUCUUGCGAUGUAUAUUGUUAUUUUCGUAAUACUCUUAAUCUGAGUCACUGUCUUUAUCGUUAUUACCAUAGUGUACAUAAAGUAUAAGAAAUAAAACUAAAAAGGAGCUCGAAAGAAUCAGGCGAAGAACGAAUCAUAAAGGACAUAAAGUCCGUAAAAGACGAGGCAUAAUCCUUGGUAGGCCAGUUUCUAAAAAUAUUCCUCUCAAGAUGGCAGAAUUAAAGGCAUCAAUUGAGCUAGAAAAAGCGGAACUUUUAUAUAAAGAUAAAUAUCAAGAACUUCUCGAUCAAAAGCCAAGCUUUGAGCUUUUGUUUGAGAGAAAUAUAAAGUUUGAUCGAAUUCAAGGGUCUAAAAUUGAUAAUAUCCCUUCAAGUAAUAGACCAUUGAACACUCAUGCCAAUGUGAAGUCAAAAUAAAGACGACUUGCUGUUUGAGUACACAGGGCCAACAAUCAGAAAGGAUCAAAGGGUGAAAAUGCACGAUUUCAGGAGUAAAAUAAAGAGCCAAUUAAAGAAGACAUUAAUUACAGAUCUAUACAAUAUCUCUGAUAGCCCAAUGCAAAAAGUGUUAAAGAAAAAGAAGAAGCGGAAGAUGAAAAAGAAGAAGAAGCGUACUAAGUUCUCUAAACUAGGAGACGAUACGGCGAUUCAUAAGGACCUGGCAUUGGUGUCCAACCAGAACAGUGGGUUUGAAGACUUUGAUUACUCGAACCAAACCUUAGAGCAGUUCCUUAAUGAGAACCGAGUCAAUAUAUUCAAUGACAGAGAGUACCAUAAAGAUACUAGUGAUGACAUAGAAAACUCAGGUGAGCAAACUCGAUAUAAGAAUACUGAUAUGAGCAAUCAAAGAAAUUAUGAUAAGAAAACUAACAUCCAAUCGAGGAUUGAUGACAUUCUUGAUGAUCUUGGCGACACUGAGAAGUGGUAAGGUUGCAGAGAUAUUG